CGUGUUUGUAUUUUAACAGACUGACAGUUACUUUUUGUUGUAAUUGCUGGGACUGUGUGCAGCUCACUGUCAGUCAAUCUAAACCAACUUCAUUCUUAAUAUCUACACAUGCCUUAACUUCACAGUGUGAUUGCUACGAACAACUGUUCUUUUAUUUGUAUACCGAAAACACAAGCCUCCCUCCCCAGGGAAUGUCUGAAAGCAGCAGUGAAGAUGAAAACUCUGACAGACUGAAAGAAGCGGUGUGGAGCUUUCUUCCACAGGAUGGUAAGAUCAGUGGAAACGGCGGAGCUUCUUGUCCUUACUAUGGAGACACCAGCAGAAGCAGACGAAGCCAGAGAACUGAUGUUUCAAAGCAUGAUCAUGAUGGGAAUGAGCUCGGGACAACACCUGAAUUUCAGUCCCAUGUGGCAAAAAAGUUAGGAGCCUUUUUGGACGGGUGUAUUUCAGAAGUUUUUUCAGAGACUGUUGACUCAAAACCUGUUCAGUUCAAAAACAGAGAUGAAGAAGAUCAAGAAAGUUUCCGUCUCUUCUCCACAUCCAAUCCUGGAAAUUGGAUGGAGGAACCACUUCCUCUACCUCCUAAAAGGAGACCAAUUCCCAGCUCUAGUGACAGUGACAGUGAGAUGGAAAUGAGGUUUAGAGAAGCCGCUGUGUCUGUGUCAGACAUCCUCUCCUCUGCAGCCCAACAUCUUACAGAGAAAACUGAGGAGAAAAGUACAACAAAAGAGUCAGCAGAGGAAAGCACAGUUACUAAAAAGAAGAAGAAGAAGAAGAAAAAAAGAAAAGCAUCCACUGAGAGAAGUGAGGAGAACAUUACCCAUGUAUCAGAGAAACAGUUUAAUGGAGAGGGAACAGAAGAGCAAACAACUGUUGUGGAAAACUUGACAAAGAAAAAAAAGAAGAAAAAGAUCAAGCUGGAGGAGGGCAGAAAGGACUGUGAUGAAUGAAAGGCUUUAUUUGAAGUAAAAGAUCUCAGUCAUGGUAGUGCCAUAUUUAAUUUUUGACUAGAAUGAAAACGAGACUGUGAGUGAUAGAAGUGUUGUC